UGGAAUACAAAUCCCAAUCCAAGUUCCAAAUUAAGUUUCUAAAGAUCGAUAAUAUCUCUCUCUCGGAACGAAUUCGUUUUCUCUCAAAAUCUGUGAAACCCUAGAAUUCCCAAUCCUAUUGUCUCUGUAGAUUUCUCUCCAUAUUCGCCUUCAAUGGCGAGUCACUCGUCUUCGGCAGCUCCUUCAUCCGCCGCCGCUGCUGCCGCGGCCUCUUCCCAGUACACCUAUGCCAAUGGCUCCGCCUAUUUCCCCUUACCCUUUCACCUCCAGCAACCUCAGACUGUCUCCCAAUACCCCGCACCUUACGCCGCCGUGGCGCCUCAACCUGCCCCGGUUCCAAUUCCGCAGCCGCCGGUCGUUGCGCCCGUAUAUCCAGCCCCCGCUCCCGUCGCCGGUGUUUACUCCUUGCCUCAGUACCAGCAGGCCCAGCAAUUAUUUCAAAGGGAUGCUCAGACAAUUACACCAGAAGCUCUUGAAAGCGUAAAAGCUGCCCUUGCGAACAGCGAAAUCGAGCACAAAGCAGAAGCUAAGAAGAAAUCUGUUCCCCGUAAAGCUGCUGGGCUGAGUUGGGAGGAUCCAACGCUUGCUGAAUGGCCAGAAAAUGAUUAUCGCUUGUUCUGUGGUGAUCUUGGAAACGAGGUGAAUGAUGAUGUUCUUUCGAAGGCAUUUUCCCGAUUUCCUUCUUUUAACAUGGCUAAAGUUGUUAGAGACAAGAGAACUGGAAAAACCAAGGGCUAUGGAUUUGUUAGCUUUGCUAACCCCACCGACCUUGCUGCAGCGCUGAAAGAAAUGAAUGGUAAAUACGUGGGUAAUAGACCAAUCAAGCUUCGCAAAAGCAACUGGAAGGAGAGAACAGACUACGAUGCCCUAGAGAGACACAAGCACCAUACCCAAAAGAGGCCAAAGCUUUCCAAGAAGAGCAUAUUACACAAGUAAUAAAUUUACCAAUUACCAAGUUGUAAACUUCAUUAAACUUAUUUAACUUUAAUUUUCAUUUUCAUUGUAUUGAAAUGGUCAUAGUAUUGUUCUGUGAAACCGGUUAUGUCGUCGACAAAUUUAAUGAAUGAAAAUCAUACAUUUCAGUAAGAAA